AUGGCUCAAGAGGUUAAACUCUUCAAGGCUACAGAGGUUGCAGCUAAGUUGAAUGUGGAACCAUUGGAUGCAUUGCGCUUCUCCGUGAAAUGUGCAUGUAAUACAGCAUACAUGGUGAACUUGACUGAUAACAGAUGCACUUACAAUCGAUUUCAAUUAGAAUGUUUUCCGUGUGAACAUGUAGUCGCAUUGGUUAUAUAUCGAGACUUUGAAGCGAGAACAUUAUUCUCCCCUUAUUACACGGCCGAUUCUUGGAUAGCAGCGUACGCUAAAACUAUAUUUCCUCUACCGAAUGAAGUCGAGUGGAAAGUUCCUGACUAUAUUCUCCCACUUAAUACAUUGUUGCCACCAGAAGUUGAACCGUGUGAUUUUGGACGUCCACACAAGUCUAGAAUACUAUCUAUCAAAAAGUUUCCUCGAUACGGUAGGUGCAGAGCAAUAGGGAAUAUUCAUUAG